AUGGAGGAGACCAACACAACAGACCUCUCUCUGAACUACAUGACUUCUGGAUAUGCAGACUCUCAGGCAGUUAAUGAAUCUCCGUGCAUACUAGAAGAUUAUAGUACGUUCAUAAUUUCAGGUGUCUUUAUUGGUAUUUGCCUGUGUGGACUUGUGGGGAAUGGGAUAGUCAUGUGGUUCCUGGGCUUCCACAUGAAGAAGAGUCCCUUCACUGUCUACGUCCUGAACCUGGCCAUCGCUGACUUCUCCCUGCUCCUGUUCCUUCUUGUUGAAUGUAUAUUACGCAUUAUUUCAACAGUCUGUUGUAUUUUCUCAUUUCAAUAUCUUUUGACCAGACAUAUCUUGAUGUGUCUAUUUCUGUUUUGGUAUUUUGCCACCAUGUAUCUCCUGACAGCAAUGAGCAUGGAGAGGUGCCUGUCUGUUUUGUUCCCAAUCUGGUACCGGUGUCACCGCCCAAAGCACUUGUCAGGCAUUAUGUGUGGGGUGCUCUGGGCUCUCGCUGGAUUUCUUGUUUCUUUGGCUUUGAUUAUUUGCAAUUUGAAAAUGAACUGUCAACAACUAGUACAAGGUUUAAGCACUGUGAAUGUUCUCAUUUUCUCUUUAUUCCCAUUCCUUUGCAACCUUUCACUGUUCAUCAAACUCCAAUGUGGCUCACAAAGACGAUACCCAGGGAAACUCUAUGUUGCUGUCCUGCUCAGUGCGAUCUUCCUGUUCAUCUUUGGGUUUCCUCUCAGUGUGGUGUUUUUUCUUAAUCCUAUUAUGAGCCCAUUUGUAUUUCAAAUGUUUUACCUGCUGGCAUCGCUGAACAGCAGCAUCAACCCCAUCAUUUACUUCCUAGUGGGGAGCUGCCGGCAGCGCCGGUUCCAAGGCUCCGUGAAAGUCGCCUUCCGCCAAGUGUUUGAAGAGAAAGCGACGAGCGAGGAGGGGAGCCACCUAAUUCCAUUCAGCUGCAGCCAGACCCACACCAAAGCCAUCUCCUGUGUCUCGCCCUGGCUCACGGGACACCUCCAUCCCUAG